AUUUCUUUGAAGACUAGCCGUUGCAACCUUCUUCCUCUACCUCAUGGAACCGUCUGUGGAGUCUCCAUCAUCAUCUUCACAUCCCAACCAGGGACCGACCAGCUUCAUGGGUUCGCCCCCAUUGCCCAGCCCUGAUUCCGACAAGCGUUUCUGGAGCUCCCUUCGAGGUCGGGUCGACUCGCUUCUUGAGCAACGAAAUGCCAAAUCUUCAAAUCUUAACAUGAACAAAUCGGAAAGGGUAAAGAGAUUGAAGGAAGAUUCUUUGCUUUUGCUGAGAGGAUUCGACUCUGUUGGCUAUACUCUGUCUCAGCUUUCCAACAAUUUGGAUAACGCCUUGCAGGGCGCUAAGGAUCUGGUUCAAGCACCACCAACCUUGACGGAGAUCUUCCAAAGCAACCUCAAGAACUCCGAGGUGGAGCAUGAGUUCUUGGAGUCCAAGCAAGCAACAAAGAGAAAAUAUGAUGAUACUCAUUGCUCAGAAGAUAAUUUAGAGAAAGAAAACCAGCAAAACCCAACAGACAACCUUAAAAAGGCUAAAAAUCUUGCAGUUGCAAUGGCAACAAAAACAGCAUCUCUAGCAAGAGAAUUAAAAUCAUUAAAAUCCAAUAUAUGUUUUAUGCAAGAACGAUGCGCCAUACUUGAUGAAGAGAAUAGGAGACUUCGCAACGGUGUUUCCACUGGGGUCAGACCGGAAGAAGAUGAUCUGGUUAGGCUUCAAAUGGAGGCACUGCUAGCUGAGAAAUCAAGAUUAGCAAACGAAAAUGCAAACUUAACAAGGGAAAAUCAAUGCCUUUACCAGCUUGCGGAGUAUCACCAGCUCACAUCCCAAGAUCUUUUGCUAUCUUACGACGAAGCCAUCGGCAUGUGUUUGGACUUCUCGGCAUCACCACCUGCCAUUGUCAAAGAAGCUGAAGGACAAGGACAGGGACAGGGACAACGUGACUGUAUUGACAAAGAAAUUACUCAAACAUCUAGAGCUGAUCAUUUUAGCUUUUCUACCUCUCUUGAUGAACUCCACCAAGAAGAGUAGAGGUGAUUCUGGACCAGAAAACGCAGGCUCGAACGUCAGUUGCUUCUCGUUCACAAUCCUGUAACCAAGUUAACUCAAUCUUCACUGCAUUUAGUUCAGAAAUAAAUCUAUGGUCAUAGCAUUUUCUAC